AGUGUUGAAAUUCUAUGUUAUUUCUUUUUCUCAGUGCACGUGCAACCAGCAGCACUGAAAACGUAAAUACUGUUAGUAUUUUGUGAAAAUUGAGUGAAAAUCAUCCUGCAAGAUGAGUUUGUACAAUUUCAAGAAAAUAAUGGUGGUUCCGCCAGCAAAGGACUUUAUCGAUAUAAUGCUGUCCAAGACACAGCGAAAGACCCCCACGGUAGUCCACAAGGGGUACAAAAUCUCCCGGAUAAGGAGUUUCUACAUGCGAAAGGUGAAAUACACCCAGCAAAAUAUGCAUGACAGACUCUCCCAAAUCAUCCAGGAUUUCCCCAAAUUGGACGACGUCCAUCCCUUCUACGCUGAUCUCAUGAAUGUCCUGUACGACAAGGAUCACUACAAGUUGGCUCUUGGUCAGCUGAAUAUGGCCAGGCAUCUCGUGGACAACGUGGCCAAGGACUAUGUGAGACUGCUGAAGUACGGAGAUUCUCUGUACAGGUGCAAGCAGCUGAAGAAGGCUGCUUUGGGGCGAAUGGCAACGAUAAUCAAGCGUCAGGCUUCGAAUUUGGCGUAUCUGGAGGAAGUUCGUCAGCAUCUCUCUCGUUUACCCUCAAUUGAUCCCUACAAUCGCACAAUCCUCCUCUGUGGCUUCCCAAAUGUCGGCAAGAGCAGCUUCAUUAACAAAAUCACCCGGGCGGAUGUAGAAGUGCAGCCCUAUGCCUUCACCACGAAAAGCUUGUACGUUGGUCACACGGAUUACAAAUACUUGCGCUGGCAGGUUCUGGACACGCCCGGAAUCCUCGAUCAUCCUCUGGAGGAGAGAAAUGUGAUUGAGAUGCAAGCCAUCACGGCCCUGGCGCAUCUCAGGGCUUGCAUUCUCUACGUCAUGGACAUUUCCGAGGACUGCGGCCACACUCUAGCUGAGCAGAUGAAACUCUUUGAGAGCAUCAAACCGUUGUUCACCAAUAAACCCUUGAUUGUUGUCCUUAACAAAGUGGACAUUGUUAAGCCUGAGGAGUUGGAUGGUGAUCGUCAGAAUGUGCUCAAGAGACUGCAGGAAGUGGCACCGGAAGUGCCAGUGAUGCAAAUGUCAACAUUGGCUGAGGAGGGAGUGAUUGAGGUGAAGAAUGAAGCUUGUGAGCGUUUGCUGUCGUAUCGGGUUGAGAAUAAGGUGCGUUCCAAGAAAGUUGACACAAUUCUCAAUCGUCUGCAUGUGGCAAUGCCCAAGGAACGUGAUGCCAAGGAACGGCCUCCUUUCAUACCAGAAUCCGUGCAAGUGAAGAAGAUUAUUGCGGCGGAGAAGAGGAAGAGGAAACUGGAGAAGGAUCUCGAGGAGGAGCUUCAGGAGGAUUACACGUUGGAUUUGAAGAAGAAUUAUGCGGAAAUUGAUGAAGAGGAGCGUUAUGAUAAUAUUCCAGAAUUCUGGGAUGGACACAAUAUUGCCGAUUACAUUGAUCCGGAUAUCUUUGAGAAGUUGGAAGAGUUGGAGCGUGAGGAGGGAUUGCGUAUGGAGGCUGGAUUCUAUGAGCCACCGCAGCUCAAUUUGGAUGCAACUCUGAAGGAGAUCAGGGAAUUGGCUAAGCAGAUUCGGUACAAGAAAUUCCUCCUGAGGGAUGCCCGACGAUUGGAUGGGAAGAAGAAACGACCGACAAUUCCGAGGAAUAAACAGCCCAAAAUCCGGGAAAGAAGCGUGGCUGGACUUAGGAAUCAGAUGGAGAGCCUGGGAGUGGAUAUGUCAGGGACUGAAGAUGCUAACUUUACCAAGAGCGUCGUCAGUCUCAAGAGGCAUUCGGCUCUGACGGCGUCUGGGGAGAGGAGAAAGGGCAAAUUGGACAAGGAACAAUCAGCCAUCUGCAAGGCCACAGGGAAGCCACUCAAGAGGGCUCCGUCGAGAAAUGAAUUGGGCGUCAAAAAUAAGAUUAUGAAGAAGAAGGGUGAGCUUAUGGCCAGGAAGGCCAUUUCUCUGAAGGUCAAGAAGAUGGGACUCAAGGGCGAAGCUGAUCGGUUCAUUGGUGACAAGAAGCCCAAGCAUCUUUUCUCCGGAAAACGCGGUGUUGGUGGAACUGACAGACGCUAAAAUCUUCCUCAAAAUGUUAAAUAAUUUCUUGAAAAUAAAACAAUAUUUUUCACUCAAA